CAAAAGAUGCAACCUCAAGUGGAAUUCAAACUUAUUGCCUUGCUUUUGCUAUUGCUCCAGGCAACAUGGUGCGUGUCUUCGAUGAUGAGGACGGGCAAAGACUGGAACUAUUUUAAUGUGCAGCACUAUGAUCACUCCCACUUAAUGGACAUCCCAAAUGGAAUGAAUAAUUUCGAAUAUGUUGACUAUCAGGCUAGAUGUGAACAGGGUGGCGAGCCAGUUUGCGCUACGAAUGGUAGACAAGAAUUCUAUUUUGAAAACGAAUGCAAAUUGGAAUCGCAUAACAUGAAGUCACUAUUUCAACAUGGUACAGUUUUGGAGCGCACCGAUUUGGAAAGAUGCUCACCAAAUUGUGAGACUAUCAAAUGUCCAACAGUUUAUCAGCCAGUUUGUGCGGCUCCCUCUGAGGCUGCUGCCGAUGCUGUUCAUGCAACAACAACAAAUGGUGUGACCUUUGGCAAUUUAUGCGAAGUGCGCAAACACGAGUGUGUUAGUCAGAGAGCCAUGCGUAUUGUGAAUCAGGGUGUCUGUCGUGAGUUGAAACUGAAGCGUCGUAAUCGCAAAAAUCGAAAUAAAAAUAGAAAAGCCAACCGAGUGCAACCGCACAUUGUAUCGGAGCAAAAUAGCUCAUCUAAUGUACAUUUUCUGAUAACAACCAGAGCGGACAGAAUGAAAGCUGCAAUCAAUUCAAGCACCACUAGUGCUAACACCACCAGUGCCAGCACCACGGUUGCUAGCACCACCAGGACUAGUCCUACCAUGACGACUAGUACCAGUUUUACUCAAUAUACAACCAAAUCUCCCAUGCGUUUUAGGGAAUUUCAAUAUUCGGCAGCGCCUCACGUUUCUGUUUCGCAGGCGGAAAAUCCUUACAAUAUUUACAAUAUUCCCGAUGUGGGUAAGGAUUAUGAGAAUAUAAUGGAUAAUGAGUUAUCGGUCUAUGUGCCAGAGGUUGGUUAUGUUACGGAUUCACCACCGAGUACUACGACUUUAGCAACAACAACAACUACGGCGACAAUAACAACAACACCAAAGCCAACCACAACCACAACAAUGACUGCAGCAACAACAACAACAACA